AUCGCGGACAAACAGACCUCCAUCAUUCUUCCCCAAUGAUCGAUAUUAAGGAUAGCGACACAUUUGAGGAUAUUGCGACAAAACUCUGAGCUCACCAAGUGAAAAUUGGACAUACUUUCACCAUUGGCUUUGAAGAAAACCUGAAUCAAGAUGCCAGCCUCUUUCGAAGAAAUCCUCAGCUCUCGUAUCUUCAAAUUCACAGUUGGUCAGAAAGUCGAUGGCGUCGCUACAACAUUCUCCGUUCACGAAGAAGCCAUGGCAGCGCUCUCGCAACCUCUCCACACACUGAUGAGAUCGGGUUUGUCCGAGUCAGAGGCUGGAAAUGCGACUUGGGAGGAUAUAAGCAAGGACACAUUUGUGCGCUUUGCACAGUUUGCAUAUACUGGGGAUUAUUCCGUGCCUUUCUUGGUUACGCCCUCGCCCGCGCCCGCGCCCGAGCCUGACCUGCCUGUUGAUGCGGUACACGAACGUGAGGAUUUCCGGGUAGAGGAAUUAGCUUCUAGUAACGAGUUUGCAACUAUGGAUGAUCCUGAUUGGGGCGGGUUCCCGUUCAAGAAAAGCGUAGGUAAAAAGUCGAAGAAGCAGCUGAUACGAGAAAUGAAGGGCUUGGCACUGUCAGCCCCCACUCCUCCGCGUAAUGAAUCUCGAGGGGAAUAUGAGCCGUCCAGUACAUUCGAGCCGUGGAUGGACUAUUCAGUGUUGUUCAUCUGUCACGCAUCGCUCUGGACGCUGGGGAACUAUCGGCAUGUCGCAUCUUUGAAAACUCUUGCACUCUACAAGCUUCACAAAACCUUGUGCGCAUUUCAGCUCAACAGUGAUAAUGUCGGGGCUGUGGUCAACCUUGUGAGAUGUGCUUACUUGGAAGAAGGUGCUGGAUUGAGAGAAAGUAUAAGUGGGCUGAGGAAAUUGGUGUGCCAGUAUUUGGGUAUGAACAAGACGCUGCUGUGUGAGGAUGAUGGUUUCAUGGACCUUUUGGCGGAAGGAGGACAGUUUGUGAAGGACUUCUUCAAGUACUCUGCGACCUAAAUAUCGUUCUAUCAUACCCAUUCCUCUGUCAAGUCCCCUUGGGUUUGAGUCCUCCCGUCAAUCACUCGGUCAGGUUCAUCCCAAGAAUGUGUACAUAUUCAGCCAGAGAUCUUCUGCAAAUAUCUCUUCCUUGUAGGUCGUCUUGGAAAGGUUACUCCGGGGAACAACCACUAUUUCUCGCGACAACCACAUGUUCUCAAACUUCCUCAUGACAAGCGCUAUUCCAGAGUUUAUCUCGAUAGUUGUUACAUCUUCUUGAAACAGCUCCUCCUUCAUUUCCUUGAUAUUGAACACAACAUCCGCCUCUUUCCGGAACAUCAUACACCUAGCCUAGCCUGGAAGAUGCAACAUCCAGAGCUCAUGGCAUUUGGUCAUAUGCUGACCUGAAGUAACGGUAUCUCAAAACCUGGGCCAACUGGAACGAAGCUGCGUGACCAAUUAGGCAAUCGUAUGCGUCACUGACGAUGAUGGCCCCUGGUGAUAUGGCUUCAGCAUACGCAUGUGAGGUGACGCCUUGUUGGGAGUCGGAUGGUGAGCUGGGAGUGCUAGAUCAAUAGCAAGACGACUUAAGAGAAACACCGGUGAUCCGUGUCGUUUAUUUUGCACAAGUUUCUUGAUUUGAGAUUGCGCUCAUGCCGGGGUGGAAGUACGUAUUCAUGCACACAGAACAAUGAUGAUGCUGAUGACUAGACAACUGCAACAAUGCGUGGUAAACAGUUCCAUCCAUCAGCUUCCGGGCGUGAGAGUCGUGAAAUAUCAUGUGAUAGGGAGUUGUUGAUGUGUCUUCUUAGCAUCCCAGGAACAUUGCCUGGACUUGGGCUCAUGCUUUCAAAGAAACAUGGAAUUUCGCAAUCGACAGCACAUAGAAUGCCGCAAACGCAGAAGUCAGAACACUACUCGUCGUCACAAGUUUCAGUUGAAAAAGAAGCGCUUGCUGCACUUCCGAGGCAGAGAUCAGGACAUUCAUGGUUGUGAGGCCGGUUGGUGGAUGCCAGGGGAAGGCUGUGAAGCGAGCAGCAGUAAACAAAGACAAAGUCGCUCAGCGCAAGGGAAAAAUUACUGCGAAAUAGAUAUCUUGGCGAACUGAAAGAAGGCCAUGCAAGGAGGAAAGGCACGAAAUUAC